AUCCGUGGGUUCGGGACAUCAUUAGCAACAUAUCGUGAAACUGAUCCGCCCGCCUGGUGCUCGUCGGCGCUUUUGUACCGCUUCCGUCGGCGACUGAGUGGCCCCCAUCGAAUGCCGUGGGCAGUGCGGCCUCUGAUCGUGUGUUCUCUUGUGAUGUGGUGGCAGCAAAGGCCUGAAAGUUAGCUGUUACGGUGUUUCGGCAGCUUGUCGAGUGUCGUCAGAGCUCGUGUACUGAUUUUGGGAAGUAGUGUCUUUACUAGUGUGUGUGUGAUUCCGGGCUGCUGUCUAUAGAUGGGAAGAUAUACCUCCAGCCGUGUGAUGGUCUCGAUGUGUUACUGCUAUGCGUGUCUAAGUGAAUAUCUUGUAGUGAAAAAGUAAACAAAAAGCUCCCAAUUCCUGGUGUGAUACGUGGGUAAAACAAACCUUCGAAUGGUUACUGUCCUCAGAGAGCUGUGAAAAGUUAAGUGUAUCUAGCGAGAGCCGCAGCCUCUAGAUACAAGGAGAGGAACGGUUCGUCGUCACUUCGGCUUUUACAGUGAAGAUAACCGGGCCGAAAGUAUGGAUGGAUGAAAGUAUUGUACAUCUGAUUCUUUUUUAUGGAACGCAUAUGAAAAAAAAAAAACUUAAAAGGUGAACAAGUUUUUGCGAGUGAAAUCAAUGUGUAGCGAGAAGUGAAAAGUCGUAAAGUGAUUUAGUGCUGAGUUGUAAUGUAAAAAUAAACACACGGUUGUGCUCUGAAAAAAAAAAAUGGGUUGAGAAACCGGAAUAAUUACAGGGUCAAGGGCGACGAUUAUUUUACAGAAGUGUUCUUUUAAGUUUUGUAACUGUGAUUUCGUUUUAUUAAAAGCAUCAUUCUCACGACCGUCUUGCAAGCCGUUUGACAAUUUUAAGACCUGUGCUGUGAACUUCCCGCCGUCUGGCAUUGUGGCGACUCUGUGAGCUUUGUUUUGUGACCCGUCGUUGGGGCCCAGGCACUGAAGAAGUAUUUUUUUUUUCUCGAAAGUGAAGUAUAGUCCCUCUCAUUCAUGGUGCCGGUAGUGCUGUAGAAAAGAGUAAGAAAGCAGAUAUAGUAACCGAGGCAAAUAAGAAAAAUAUUGUCUCAGAAGUGUAGCAUCGUCGCCCGCGUCCGUGGAGCCUGAAGAUGGUGGCAGGCCAGUGGCUCCGGGAGGGCGCAAAGCUCAGCUGGUGGUGAGCGGCGGCGGCGGGCAUGAGGGAGGCACCGUCGCGGCGGAGUAGGAGGAGCGUCGUGACGGUGUCCUGGGCCCCGCGCACUGCCGGACUCGCCGACAUGGCAAAGAACGGCCAUUUUGCCCCCAGUCCCUGAAAACCCAAGUGUAUCGUGGCGCCUCCGAGCACCUGCCUCUGAGUGGCGAGCAUGAACCGUUGCGUCAACCACCACCAUCGUCCGCUGCGGAGAAAAUGAUGCGGCUCUACCAUUACGUCCUCCCCUACGCCGCCCUCCUCGCCAUCAUCAGCUCACACACACACAUGAGGACGGUGUCGUCAGCGGGGGUCCUGGGCGCCCACCUGCUGUGCUCGCGGGUGCCCGGCCUCACGCCCCGCCAGAGCCGCAUCUGCACGCGGGCGCCUGACGCCAUGGUGGCCAUCAGUGAAGGUGCGAGGGCGGGCCUGCGAGAGUGCCAGCGGCAGUUCCAGCAUCACCGGUGGAACUGUUCCCUCGCGUCUACCAGCAGCAGCGCGUUCGGCCACGUCGUUCUUGUGGGGAGCCGCGAAGCCGCCUACACGUACGCGGUGACCAGCGCGGGAGUCACCCACAGCGUCACGACCGCCUGCUCCCGCGGCAACAUCUCCACCUGUGGCUGUGACGACCGAAGGCGAGGGCGGUACAGUUCCUCCGGGUGGAAAUGGGGCGGCUGCAGCGCCGACAUUAGGUUCGGGGUCAGGUUCGCGCGGAAGUUCCUGGACGCCCGCGAGGUGGAGGGGGACGGCCGCGCCCUCAUGAACCUGCACAACAACCGGGCGGGACGCAGGGCGGUGCGGAGCGGGAUGAGGACGGAGUGCAAGUGCCACGGCGUGUCGGGCUCCUGCACCGUCAAGACCUGCUGGAAGACCCUCCCGCCCUUCACCUUCAUCGGGAAGCACCUCUUCCACAAGUACAGGAAGGCCAAGUCCGUCUCAGUGCAUAAGGGCCGGAGAAGAUCCACGCCUCACCUGCGUCUGGAGAGGGUCAGGAGAAGAGCUCGACGGCCCCGCAAGUCUCAUCUCGUGUACUUGGAAAGGAGUCCCAACUACUGCCAGAUGAAUCCCGCGGUGGGUUCGCUGGGCACCGUGGGCCGCAAAUGCAACAGAACUUCGUCAGGGCCAGGUGGCUGUGACCUGCUGUGCUGCGGCCGCGGGUACAACACUCACCAGUACACACGCACAUGGCACUGCAACUGCAAGUUUCACUGGUGUUGUUACGUGCAGUGCCACACAUGCAUGGAGGACACCGAGGAGCACACCUGCAAGUGACCGUCCGUAGCGGGAGGCGGCGAGGCUGUGCUCUCCCGUGCCGGCGCAAGGCAGAGAUUCUUCAUUGGAGGGCGCGAGGGACAUAGUUUCGUUCAGCAUCGACAAGGUCCUUCAGUGACUGCGAGACAUCUCUGAGCGGUGACGUCGUACAAACACUCCGUAAUGGAUGGCAUUGCCUGAAACGCUGUGCUAGGUGGCCCGCGUGUUUACAACAUGGACGCCACCACCAAUGCUCUCUUCUCCCCUGAUGCGCAGACACGAACAAAGGUGAUAGGCUUUCUGCACCAUCAGUGGGUGUCCAGCUAAGGAUCCACACCAGCCAACCCUCAACAAAAACGACUGCCUUGUACCUCCCCAUGCGAUCUGCACGGGUCUGUGUUUUUGUCAGACGACAUUAGGUGCUGGUGUCUCCUCUGACCUGGUAGCGAAGCAUAAACCAACACACGCCCUCCAUGUAGCGGCGGCCAACACAACGCUUACUCCUGAGGCAGCUGUUGACGGAACACCAGUUGCGAGUAGUCUGACUAACACUUUUACGAGCUAUAUAAACAAUUUGGAUAUUCGUAAUCAGUGAUCUGUCUUGAGAUUUAUCAAGUGCUGUGAGAAUAUUUGCAUAUCAUUCCCAGAGAUACAUAUUAAUACAACGCUUUGCCAUGACGGAGCUUAAACAGUCUCUGCACAAACUGCAAGGCAGAAAGAAGAGCUUUUACAUAUAUUUUUUACAAUAUAUACAUGAAAAUGGUA